GCAACAUGGCGGCCAUGAGCGACCCGAAGCGGGACGCCGGCCGUUCGUUCUGAGCUUUCUGCCGUUACCUGAGUCCGGGGCUCAGUGGGACUUUUGCUUCGGAUUAUACUGAAGUUCAGCUUUCUGGCAGUGCUCAAAUUCCGGGGUUUCGUCUGCGAUUAUUGCACGCAAAAACGGAUCUAGAAAAUAAUAGAUUUUAUAUAUAAUGAGGGGGAGAAGAGGCAGGCCGCCCAAAACCCAACUGAUGCAGGAGCCCUCAUCUGGACCUGUGCGGGGUCUCAGACCCAGACGUGGGUUAAGGGCAAAGGGUAGAGGUAGUGAUGAGGUCGAUUUUGAGAUUCCCAAGAGAGGAAAUUACCAUUCUACCAGGGGCAGGAGGAGAGUGGGAUCAACCACGGUAUCAAGGGGUAGAGGAAGGGGCAGAGGUGGUGGCAGAGGCAGGGGAAGAGGGAGAGGUAAGCGAUCGGUUGCUAGUAGCAUAGUGUAUGAUGACCAUGAAAGUGACGAUGAAGAUGCCGAAAGUCUGAGAUCAGAUGAAGAGGAAUUCGUCGACGAAGAGCCGAUAACGGACGAAGAAGAGGAGGCCGUCGAUGAUGAGUCGGACUACCCUGAGGAAAUACCCGAGGAGGAUGAUGAUGAUGCUAGCUACUGUACCGAAAACAGCAGCCACGGUAGUGCACAAGGCCGCAGGAGGACUCGGGUGGUGCGCCCUCGCUCUCCAGUCUUGGAGGCGGUGGAGAUCCCCGCUCUGGAGCUGCCCAGACCCUCGGAGGACCUCCUCAUCCCGGCCGAGCAGCUGCUCAACGCGGCGGCCAUCUACGAGGUGCUGCGCAACUUCAGCACCGUGCUGCGCCUCUCGCCGUUCCGCUUCGAGGACUUCUGCGCGGCGCUGGCCGGCCAGGAGCAGUGCACGCUCGUCGCCGAGACGCACGUCUCCCUGCUCAAGGCCAUCCUGCGCGAGGAGGACUCGUCCAACACCACCUUCGGCCCGGCCGACCUCAAGGACAGCGUCAACUCCACGCUCUACUUCAUCGACGGCAUGACGUGGCCCGAGGUGGUGCGCUCCUACUGUGAGAGCGACCCCGAGUACCAGCCGGCGCUGCGCUACCAGCAGGCGGAGGGCUACCCCUUCGAGCCGCUCGAGUCCAAGGUGAAGGUGCUCCAGUUCCUGGUGGACCAGUUCCUGACCACCAACCUGGCGCGCGAGGAGCUCAUGUCGGAGGGCACGGUGCAGUACGACGACCACUGCCGCGUGUGCCACCGGCUGGGCGACCUGCUCUGCUGCGAGACCUGCUCGGCCGUCUACCACCUGGAGUGCGUCAAGCCGCCGCUGCAGGAGGUGCCCGAGGACGAGUGGCAGUGCGAGGUGUGCGUGGCGCACAGGGUGCCCGGCGUCAGCGACUGCAUCACCGAGGUGCAGAACAGCCGGCCGUACAUUCGCCAGGAGCCCAUUGGCUACGACCGGCAUAGUAGGAAAUACUGGUUCCUCAACCGCAGAGUCAUUGUUGAGGAAGACGGAGAACAUGACGACAAAAAGAUCUGGUACUACAGCACAAAGGUCCAGCUGGCCGAACUCAUCGACGUGCUGGACAGAGAGUACUGGGAGAGCGACCUGUGCGCCGUGCUAGACGAGCUGAGGGAGGAGAUCCACAGCCACAUGGCCAUCACAGAGGAGCUCACCAACAAGGCCCGGAACAACAACCGCUCCUACCUGGAGGCUGCGAACGACGAGAUCAUGGAGCGUCUGAAGACCAAGGAGGAAGCAGAGCUGGAGGAGGUGAAGCGCCGUGCGGCCGAGGAGGCGGAGAAGGCUCGGCAGGGGUCAGAGUUCGCGGAUGCUGCUGAUGGUGCAGACAGGGAACAGGACAAGACUGUUUGUGGCAUGGACCAAGACACUUCUGGAGAGGCCACCUCUGAUAAGUCCUCCGAGAAAGCAUCUCUUGGGGAGGAGAGUGCCGCCCUGCAGGCCGUUGAUGAGAAUAGCUGCAGCAGCCAUGUGUCUGCUUCAGACCCUCCCAGGGGGCCAGAAGAACCUGACCUGGCUGACCGCUCCUCUCGCUCCUCCUUCACCAGCCUUGACGACCCAGGAGAAGGCAAGGCGAAUGGAGAGUCUGGGAAGGGUGGCUCUGCCACACGCAUAGUGACCCGCCUGCGGAACCCUGACAGCAAGCUGAGCCAGCUCAAGAGUCAACUGGGCACUACAGAUGGCACCAAAACAUCCAAAGAGUUUUCUGCAUUUGGAGAGGGAUCCCGUUUUGGCAGUGUCAGAAAAGACUUGAUAAAGGGCAACCUCAGUACCUUCUUCAAGCUGGGUCAGGAGGGCAAGUACCGUGUCUACCAGAACCAGUACAGCACCAACACCGUAGCCCUCAAUAAGCACCAGCACCGCGAAGACCAUGACAAGCGGCGGCACUUAUCACACAAGUUCUGCAUGACGCCCGCCGGCGACUUCAAGUGGAACGGCUCAGUUCAUGGCUCCAGGGUGCUGACUGUGUCAACGCUGCGCCUUACCAUCAUCCAGCUGGAAACCAACAUCCCUGCACCCUUCCUGCACCCAAACUGGGCCUCGCACAGGACAAACUGGACUAAGGCAGUCCAGAUGUGCAGCAAGGCCAGGGAGUUUGCCCUGGCACUGGCCAUCCUGGAGUGUGCCAUCAAACCAGUCGUCAUGCUGCCCGUGUGGAAGGAUGCCUUGGGCCACACACGGCUACAUCGCAUGACCUCCAUGGAGCGUGAGGAGAAAGAGAAAUCGAAGAAGAAGGAGAAGAAACUGGAGGAUGAGGAGACCUUACAACAGGCCACCUGGGUCAAGUACACAUUUCCCAUCAAGCAUCAGGUGUGGAAGCAGAAAGGGGAGGAGUACAGAGUAACUGGCUAUGGAGGCUGGAGCUGGAUCAGCAAGACACACGUCCAUCGAUUUGCGCCCAAGUUUCCUGGCAACACAAAUGUCAAUUAUCGCAAAAAUCUCCCCAGUGAUGAUAAAGACAAGCUGAAAGAAGAGAAAGACUUGGCUGCCUCAAACGCAAACUCUGAAGUCCAGAAGACAGAAGUCUCCCCUGAGAGUGCAGCUGAGAAGGGCGAGGACCAAAAGCCUACCGCUGAAUCCCCUGCAGAAGAUUCUUCAGUCGAGGAACGGACACGAAAAGAGAGCAACGAAGGGGAGCCACAGACCAAGGACCGAGCAGAAGUACAGGAAGAGACCGGGGAGUCCAAUGGCCAUGCAAAAGAAGAGGAAACGGAGAAGAUGGAUGUGGACCCUGGUACGCCUGACUCCUGCAGUAACAAAGAGAGAGACAAGAUGAGCAGCGCAGGCUCACCUGCCCCAGGUGAAGAGCAUGCCGUGAAGGAGGAGCCAGAGGGGGAGGAAGUGGCCAAUCCCGGCAAAGCAGGACCCUCGUUACCCUUCAACCACGACGUGGUGAACGUCAGUGAAGGAUUCCAGUUGCGGACCGCCUACAAGAAGAAGGUGAAGACCUCCAAACUGGACGGCCUGCUGGAGAGACGUGUCCGGCAGUUCACCCUGGAGGAGAAGCAGAGGCUUGAGCGCCUUAAGAUGAGCGAGCUCACCGGAAACAAGUCUGUGAAGGAAACGUUAAGCAGUCAGGCAAACGUUAAGGUGUCAUCAGGUGAUGCCAUAAAGGCAGAAGAAGCAGUCAACACCAAAGAGCAAGAGAAAUCCCAGCCAACUCAGAUGGAGGAGAAGGAAUCUUUGAAUGUAGGGACUGAGACGGACCCUGUGGUCCAAAGGCUAGAAUUUGACCAAGAAGAGGUGAAGGUAAAAUCUGGACUAGCAGCAGAGCAGAAAGACAGUGCGAGUACUCUGGGCGCUACUGGGGAAACUCAGACUCCAUCAGAAACAAGUCUGACGCAAAUGAACUCUGGGCCUGUACGUGACACCGUUUCGAUAGCCUCCACAGCUUCUGAUGGUCAUGGGAGCAAUGAUCAGAGCAAUGGGAGAACAGAGAAGCCCAGUGAACUUAACGGGGGCUCCCAAGAGGCCCCCAACCCAUCUCUCAGCCAGAAUGUUGCACCACCAAACUCCCUUAUGGAGGCACCAAGCGUCAAGUCUGAAGGGACGGCGCAGAUGGUGUUGGGAGAAAACGGUAGUAAGCACACGCAUGAUGAAGGUAAUGAGCGUUGUGUGGUGAAAGAUGAAGGACAAAGUAUGGAUGUGCACGAAAGAGAUUAUGUGAAAACUGAGAACUCGGGGCUUUUGCAGGUCAAUGGGAAGGAGGCUCCUGUAUUUCACAACAAAGCAGCAACUCUGAUGGACCUAGCUAGCAAUGUGACUUCUAACGAAGUCCCCAGCACUUUGGGAGGGGAGAUUAAUGCAAAAGACCCCCUAAAGCCUCUAACAAAUGGAGAUGCAGUAAGUCUGGACUCAAGGAUAGAGAAGACCAACAGCCUGGAAGACAAAGCAGAGAGGACAGCCACUGAACUGGCUCCUGACUGCCCGAUUCCUCAAAAGGUACCUCGUCUGGAGAAUAAUGUGGAUGAGGCAUCCGCUGACUCAACUGUAACAUCUUCUGGUCUUGAAGGUCGCACAGAAACUCCAGAUACGACCAAGAUGGAGGUAGACGUCACCAAGCUGAAACAACUGGCACCCUCUCCGGUGACUUCCAUGGAGGAGUCCAGCCUCAGCAGUGACGCUGCGGAGAAUGGUGGUGGCAACAGUAGUGGCAGCAGCAGCACAGCGGAACGCAAAACAAUGGUUACACAGGUCACCACAACAACCACCACCUCCAGCACCACAACGGUCUCCACGGUACAGAUCGACGAGGUCACCAGCAGUAGCAGUGUACCAGCGGUACCUGAGCCGAAGGUCGAGGCCAACAGCACCACAUCCACUCUCACCACCACCACCACCACCACUGUUACCAAAGUCACAAACCCACUCUCCGGAACAGUAGUCACAGACCAGAAGAGAGCCGCUGUCUCUGUAACAGUCACAAACACCAAGUCUGGUCCCUCUGGCGCAUCUACGACUUCCAUGACUGUGAGCAAAGAGUACUCCACCAGGGACCGAGUAAGGCUGCUCAAGUUCUCGCGCUCAAAGAAGUCUCGCUCGGGAACAGCCUUACCUUCGUACCGCAAGUUUAUUACCAAGAGUAGCAAGAAGAGCAUUUUUGUUUUGCCCAAUGAUGAUCUGAGAAAAAUGGCUAGGCGAGGAGGUAUUCGCGAGGUGCCCAUCUUCAACUACAACGCCAAGCCUGCCCUAGAUAUCUGGCCUUACCCUUCUCCCAGGCCUACAUUUAGCAUUACCUGGAGGUAUCGCUUGCAGACAGUCCGGUCCCUUGCAGGGGUCAGCCUCAUGCUGAGGCUGCUGUGGGCCUGUCUGAGGUGGGACGACAUGGGGGUGAAGCCAGCCCCUGCUGUGGGCACCACCCGCACGGAGACUUCAGACACUGAGAUCACCACGACAGAGAUCAUCAAGCGAAGGGAUGUGGGGCCUUACGGCAUCCGCUCAGAGUACUGCAUCCGCAAGAUCAUUUGUCCCAUCGGGGUCCCAGACACACCUAAAGAGUCUCCUACACCCCAGAGGAAGGGUCUUCGCUCCAGCGCUCUGCGACCCAAGAAGCCGGAGCCGACCAAGCAGACUGGCCCGGUGGUGGUGGAGACCUGGGUGGCUGAGGAGGACCUGGAGCUCUGGGAGAUCAGAGCAUUUUCUGAAAGGGUGGAGCGGGAAAAGGUGCAGUCAUCUGAACAGGCUAAGAAGCGCCUGGAGCAGCAGAAGCCAGGGGCAGUUGGCGCCACCGCCACCCCCUCCACCCCCACCGCUGGCACCCCUCAGAAGAUCACUGUGGGCUCGCUCACGGGCACAGUCACCCCCGGGACCAAAGUGGUUCUGGCCACUAAGAUGGGCACACCUGUGACAUUCCAGCCGAACAAGAACUUCCAGCAAUCGUUUGCCACCUGGGUCAAGCAGGGGCAGACCAGUCAAGGUGUGGUCCAGGUGCAGCAGAAGGUGGUGGGCAUCAUCCCCGGCGGCAACACGGGCACCGCCCAGUCCUUCACCGCCUUCCAGCCCCGCACGGCCACCAUCAACAUCCAGCCCAACACCGUCGCCUCCACGCAGCAGUUGAUCACCACAGGAACCCCCCUCCGUCCCGGUAUGACGGUGAUCCGCUCACCCCUGCAACAGGCCACUACGCUGGGCAAGACCAUUAUCCGCACACCCCUGGUUGUCCAGCAAGGUCAGACCCAGCAGGUGGUCACUCAGAUCAUCCGCGGGCAGCCGGUGUCCACCGCCGUGACCAGCUCCAGCGCUGGCACCAUGCUGGCGGGUGGCGGCGUGCAGAGAAUGGCGGGGGCCAUGGCCUCCCCGCGCGCCGCGACUCCCGCCACCCCCGGUCAGUCUCCGGGGCCCCAAGUGGCCCAGCCGGGCCCUAGGCCCCAGCAGGCCCAGGUCAAGCUCACACUGGCCCAGCUCACGCAGCUUACCCAGGGAGCACAGGGUGGAAAUCAGGGUCUGACGGUGGUGAUUCAGGGUCAAGGCCAGACCACCGGUCAGCUGCAGCUCAUCCCCGCUGGCGUGACGGUCAUCCCCAGCCCGGGGCAGCAGCUCAUGCAGGCGGCCAUGCCCAAUGGCCAGGUGCAGCGCUUCCUCUUCACGCCAGGUGCCGCGCUUCCUCCACCCACGCCCAGCCCUGCCGCCACACAGACGGCCACCCCCGCGCCCGCAACCGGCACCCCCGCUGUCCCCGCCACCUCCGCAGCCGCAGUGCCAGGUCUCCAGCCUGAGCAGAGAGUGUUGCAGCCUCAACCAGCCUCCUCUGGCCCCCCUCCCCUCGGCCCGAUGCAGCCCCCCCAACAGAUGGCCAUCACCACCCAGGCCCCCGUCCCGACACCCAUCCCAGCGUCUGUGCCGGCACUUGCCCCCACACCCUCCUCGAUGUCCAUGUCGGUUUCUCCAGUGUCCUUGCUGCCCCCAGCCCAGGUUCUCGCCCCGACUCCCACCUCUGUCCCCGUGUCUGUCCAGCAGCAGACCCAGUUUGUGGCCCAGCCACAGCUCCAGUUCCAGCACCAGCCCCUGCAAGCCCAACAGCAGCAGCAGCAUCAGCAGCAGCUGGUGCAGGUGUCCACCGCAGCACCCCAAACUCUGGGCACCUUCACGGUCGCCUCGACGAUGGGCCAGACGGUGGUCAGCCAGGCCCAGCUUCAGGUCCAGCCUCGUCCGGUCCUGGCCGCGGCUCCCGCAGCUGCCCCUGUGCCCGUCCACGCCCAGGUGCAGGUCCAGGCCUCCCCCUUACAGCAGCAGCAGCAGCCCCCAGCAACAGUGGCGACGACGGCUCACCCCCUCCAGGCUCAGGUCCAGGUGCAGGUGCGCCCGUCGCUGCAGCUCCACCAGCAACUCAUCGCCGUGCCGGGCAUCCAGCAGCAGGUGCUCUCCCAGAUCCAGAGCCAGGUGGCCGCCCAGCUCCAGCAGCAAGGCGGCGGCGUCCCCCAGCAGAUCAAGCUCCAGCUGCCCAUCACCAUCCAGCAGCAGCCUGCUGCCGCCUCCCCUGUCCAGCAGCAGCAGCAACAUCAUCAUCAUCAACAGCAGCAGCAGCACCAGACGGUGGUCAGCGUCGGGGGCCAGGUGCAGGUCGGGGGCCAGGUGCAGAACGUGGUCACCAUCCAGGCGGCCAGCGUGCAGGAGCAGCUCCAACGCAUGCAGCAGCUGAGGGACCAGCAGCAGCAGCUGCAGCUGAAGAAGAGGCAGCAGCAGGAGGCCAAGAGGGAGCAGCAGGCCCAGCAGGCCACCAGCCAGGGAGACCUCCUCCAGAAGCAGGUGGUGAUGAAGCAGAAUGCAGUUAUAGAGCACUUAAAACAGAAGAAGACCGUUUCCCCUGAGGAGAGAGAGGAAAACCAGAGGAUGAUCGUGUGCAACCAGGUGAUGAAGUUCAUCCUGGACAAGAUUGACAAGGACGAGAAGCAGGCAGCUAAGAAGAGGAAGCGGGAGGAGUCGGUGGAGCAGAAACGCAGCAAGCAGAACGCUUCCAAACUCUCCGCGCUGCUCUACAAGCACAAGGAGCAGCUCAAGGCUGAGAUCCUCAAGAAGAGAGCCCUGCUAGACAAGGACCUGCAGAUAGAAGUGCAGGACGAGCUACGCAAAGACCUGGGCCGGAUGCGGCGAGAGAAGGAGCGGGCCCAGGCUGCCUCGGCCCAGGCGGCCCAGGCGGCCGCAGCGGCAGCAGCCAGCACGCAGGCAGCCAGCGCACUCUCCUCGUCCUCCUCCGCCCCAACCUUGUCCUCCUCCGCGUUCACCUCGCCGUCCGCGGGCCACAAGCGGAAGCGCGACGACGAGCGGGAGUCCCCGUCGUCUGGCAAACACAAGAAGAAGAAGAUGAUCUCCACUACCUCAAAGGAUCCCAAGAAGGACACCAAGCUUUAUUGUGUCUGCAAAACACCCUAUGACCAAGCAAAGUUCUACAUUGGCUGCGACCUUUGUUCCAACUGGUUUCAUGGCAAUUGUGUUGGUAUCACUGAAAAAGAGGCCAGAAAAAUGGAGGACUACGUUUGCAGCGAGUGCAAAAGGCAGCAAGAGGGUAGUACUGAGGAGCUGUACUGCAUCUGUCGGACGCCGUACGAUGAGGCCCAAUUCUACAUCGGCUGCGACCGAUGCCAGAACUGGUACCAUGGUCGCUGCGUGGGUAUUCUGCAGAGUGAGGCCACGGAGAUCGAUGAAUAUGUGUGCCCGCAGUGCCAGUCCACGGAAGAUGCCAUGACCGUUCUCACGCCGCUCACAGACAAGGAUUACGAAGGCUUGAAAAGAAUAUUACGCUGCUUACAGGCCCACAAAAUGGGCUGGCCGUUCUUGGAGCCAGUGGACCCCAAUGAUGCUCCUGAUUACUACGGUGUCAUUAAAGAACCUAUGGACCUGUCCACAAUGGAGGAGCGACUACAGAGGCGGUAUUACAGCAAGCUGACUGAAUUCGUAGCGGACAUGACCAAAAUCUUCGACAACUGCCGCUACUACAACCCAAACGACUCGCCGUUUUACCAGUGCGCUGAGGUGCUGGAGUCCUUCUUUGUUCAGAAACUCAAAGCAUUCAAAGCAAGCAGAUUGUCAUAAGUCAUGCCCAUUAUGACGUUAUGUUCUGGACACUGAGCUGGAUGCCAGGGGUCAACUUCUAGUUUCAAAUCAUGGGACUUGUUUCAUAAACAGAGGAAAUAUCUAUGUGAUUUCGUAUUUAAGAACCAUUUCAGCUUCUGUGUUUGUUUUCAUUUCUGAAAGUCACCCAUCACACUCUUUCAAAAGAGAAAAAAUACUGUUUCGUAAGAAUAAGCCUAACUCCAAAGAUGCCUUCUAUGACAAUCACUGUGGCAGCCAUGUUGACUAACCUACAUGGAAGACAGAUGUAAUCAAGGGAUAUGCUUUUGACUUGUUUCUUUGUUUUGUGUCUCAUGUCAACCUCUAAUAACAGUACCAGGAAAGUUAACAAUAUUUCAUUUGUCUUUGCUUAAACUCAUCAGUGAAGAAGCAUUUAUUUUGAAACUCAUAAGUUAAUAUUUAAUGCAUUUAAUUUUUUUUCUUUUUUUAAUCGACAAAGAAAAAUUAUUGACCCUGACCUGAAGUUGUACAUUUUAUUGCGAUAUCAUUAUCAAAUAGAUUUUGCCAUCUUAGCUGAAUUAUGUCUUACCAAGAAAAUAACAGAUCUGACAUGAAUAAAUGUUCAGUAGGCAUGGUUUUAAUUGAAUAAAUACCAUUGCUGACUAGUUUUUCUUUUUUUCUUUUGACAAUUUUAGAGUUUUUGCAUUUUAAUUGUAAAUAGGCCUCUACGACAGAUCAUGCAGAACCUCAAAACCUUUUGGAAAGAUUGUUUUAGGUUUGAAAGGACUUUUGAGGUCAAUAAAUAUGUGUUUAUCUUCAUCAUGUCUUGGAUCCCUCCUAUCAAUGCACAUCACCGUAAUAACUGAAAAGGCAUUCCCAAUGGAUUACACCAACAUGGCUGCUCAAGUGACCCCAGGCCAUCCAUUACUUUUUGUUUACUUCUGUCUGUUUUUUCCUUUCUUGUGUAUUCCUGUUUUAAGUCAAUAAAGACAUUAUUUCUCAGCUCUUUGCUUUCCCCCCAUGCUCUCUAGGUCUCAUAACAACAAACUACAACCUUCAGCCUCUUAGAACGCACUGCACCCCAUUUCGCGCCCUAAAAAAAAAUCAUAAUGAAGCAAGAAUCUGAUUCUUGAACUGUUGGUUGGUGGUGGACCCAGACCCCUGUGAUGUUGGUGCUCCACUCUUCCCUGGCCCUCCGGCCUGGCUCUGGCCUCCUUUCACGGCUGCCGCGUCUUGGAUCACGUUCCAAAGUUGAGCAGCAUGGCUGACCCCCUCGGGCUGGUGACCAGCCCUGUAUCCCUCCCUUUCUUGUUUGUGAACACAGGUUUGGGAUUGAUGACAUCCUGUGGAGAGAUAAAAAAUGCCACUUCAGGAAAUUGAUUUUCUCUAAAUGAGGUUAUGUUAAAGUUAACUUAUGAAUCUUCUCAGUCUUUUUGAAAUAAUGUGUCUACAUUGAAAAGAUUUUUUGAUGCCUGGAUUUCAGACUUAAUUUCCCCCUAUUCUACCUGGAGCUGACUAAACAUGCAAAAGCAAAUGUACUUGGGUAAUGCACCCUAGUAUGGACUUAUUCCUCCAGAAAAUGUGGGCUUUGUAGAUUGGGGGGCAUAGGGAGACUAUGAGGCUUUAAACCACGAUGUGAGGUUGAACUUGGCCUGUUUGUAAAACUUGUCCAUUUUUUUCAAUAUUCUUUUUUCUAAUACAGCUGAAAAAAUAUUGGUGUAUAUGAAACAUAAUAAAUGAAGACUUGAACUCUUA